ACGCUUGACUGCUACGAACAGCUUAUCGUGUCCUGGGGCAGUUUUAUUGACAUUGAAGACUGAAGUGGACAAGUGAAGUGGGAAUAUUACCGUAGAAACAGUUUGAACGACGAGGAAGAGGUGGCGAUAUUGAUAUGAAGAAUUGUCACCAGUGAAAUGCUGACUGAGCUGUAGAUUGACACAGGACCUUCUCAACAUGGCUUCUCCCUGGAAACUCUCGUCACAAUGUGACUUCAACAGGUUGAUGAACUGUCGAGCAAAGAAAGGGGAAGCUUACGUCCCUACUGAUGUGGAGCAUGUGGCUAAUAUUAUAACACACGGGUUUUGGGUGAUCCCCAGUGCUCUUGCCACCCUGUGGAUGGUAUAUCGGGCCAACACACACCUGCAGUACAAAAUGGCACUUGUUUAUGGCUUGGCUCUCACAGCACUGUUCUUUGUUUCCUGCAUGUUUCACUCUCUGUCAUUCAGUGGAAGGUACAGGAAAUUAAGAAUUUUUUUUCACAUUGGUGACCGUGCAGUUAUCUACAUCUUCAUAGCUUCAUCUUACACACCAUGGCUGGUACUGAAGGACUUGGGAGGUCUUGGUGAUGAAACUCUUGUGAUUGUAUGGACAAUGGCAGCUGUGGGAAUUCUUUACCAGUAUGUUUUCCAUGAAAAGUAUAAGUGGUUGGAGAUAGUGUUUUACCUCACUAUUGGAGUGUGUCCAGCUCUGGUUACAUUUACUAUGAGAGAGACGACAGGUCUGUAUGAACUGGCUUUGGGAGGCAUGACCUACAUAGCUGGUGUAGUGUUCUUUAAAUGUGAUGGCAUCAUCCCUUUUGCCCAUGCUAUCUGGCAUUGCUUUGUGUUGGUGGGGGCUAUGCUUCACUACUAUGCCAUAUCUGCCUACCUGCUUGGUCGUGAAAAGGAUGAGGUCAUGUGGGGCAGCUAACAAGGCCAUGGCAGAAAUGUUCACAGGUCAUAACAGUAAAGGUCCGCAGUCCUCAGCAAAAUAUACAACAUAGCAUAAACAAGGAAUUGUCUCCAAAGAAAGAAGAUUAUCAGGUUGUUCAGUACUAGUUAUCGUAAGAAAGAAGAUUGUAGAAAAUAAUGUUUAUUUGUUGGUGAUUGAUUGUUUUCUAAUUUGAUCUCGAAGCCUCCUUUUACCAGCAUUUGAAAAUGUAUACAUCUAAAUAAACAAAACAGUUUUCAUUAAGGUUUUGAAUGAAACAUCAAAAGUGUAUUGAUAUUGUAAUAUAAGAAAAGCAGUGAUUUGUUUGUACUUUGUAAUAAUGUUGAACUAUUUGUAACAAAUAUUGAUAUAUUGUGGUAGUAUUCCUGUGAAAUACACUAAACAUGAUAUAUUUAUAAUGGUAUUUGUGGUAAUCCUGUAAUUUGUAAGAGCUUUGCUAAUAGUUUUUUACAGUCUGUUUAUCUGUUGUAGGUAUGCUUGCUUAUCUCAUGUCAGUAUUUCAUUAACAUGUGCCAUUUUUGAGCUCACAUGGAACUUUGGGCCAUGCAGGUUUUUGCUGUGAUGCUGUAUCUGUUGUCUUUAUAAAUUAUUAUUUAUAAAUAAGUAUUUACGGGGCUAUCUCCAAAAUCAUUCAAAAUGACCCAACCAAACUUAAUAGUGCCUUUUGCUAUGGAACAGUUUCCAGUUUGGAUAUUUCUUUGGUUACCAUGGAAACAAAUAGUCAAAAUGAUUUGAACAUUUCUGGUGCAUGUCACCAAGACCCUUUCAAAUAAUUCCAAGGAACUUUCUAUAUACUGGUCUAGAAUUACUUUCUGCUCUACAGGAGUUUUAAAUUUGAAUAUUGGUUACCAUGGAAACAGUCUGAUUCAGCAGUUUUCAAAAAUUGUUUAAAACCUCCCUUAAAUUAAAACAUGCACCAAUUGAGUGAACUGUGCACUAUGACUCCAAUGUGUACACUAAGUUGCCCUUCUGUUCCAUCCUCCAUAUUGACAAUUAUCUAUAAAUAUCCUAUUUAAUAAUCUCAAAGAGACACCAUGACCAGACAUUUAAUUUUGUAUAAGGGAACAGCAGCCCUUUAGGUCCAAAGAGUGUUCACCAGGAGAAACAGAGGUCAGUCUUUAAAGCAAUAUUGAUUAAGUACAGAUCAAGGGAAGGGAACAAUCUUAAAAAACCACUACUUCAGAGUAAGUGACGGGAUUCCAACCAAGUUUUGGUAAGUAUCUCUGGGUGAAGUAGAUAUAUAGUUGUAUAUAGUAAAGAAACUCAAUUUUGUAUAAAUGAAGGAUUGAACAGAUUCAGAGUGGAGUUAAAUAAGGGAAAUAGAGGGAUAUUGUUAAUAUAAUUUGUUGUUAUAAUAAAGGAUGACCAUCAGUCAUUUCCUGAUUGGAUGAGACAUCUUCCACCAGAUCAUUGGAUCAGAUUCUGAUAAUACACAACACAAAUUAGGGACUUUCUCCUCCGAUAGGCUACUUCUCCAAUAAACUGAGCUAUUCUUUCAGAUAAUAAAAAUUCCAUGUUCCCAUCCUUGCCCUUACCAAAUGUUGUUUAAAUUAUUGAGUCAAUAAAAACUAUACUGAUAUAAGAUAAUACUAAUAAAAAGAGAAAAUGGGAAGAAAUUAAAUUAGAGUCAAUGUGAAAAGAAAAUGAAGAAUAAGAACAUACAGAAGUAUGUGGGGACCAUGAAUCAGGAAAAUUUUAUAACUCUAAAGACAAUAAAUAAUGUAUUCACAUCUAAAGUAUAGUGAUGAAUUGAUUGAUUGAUGGGAACAAUUUACAUAAGUAUGUUCAUGUUUCCGGUUAUACAUUUAACCAUUCUAAAUUUCAUUGAAACUUUAACCGAAUAUAUCUUUGAAUUAAGUCAAUCUUAACAAGAAGUUCUGCAAUGCAUAGAGACACAUUUUUGCCUGUAUCAAUUAUUUUUCUUUAAAAAUUUGGAAAUGUUCUUUUUCACUAAUAACUUGCUGGAAACAAAAUGUAGGAAGAUAAUAAUAUGAAAAUAUUAUUAGGGAUUUUGUUACCAUACAAACAUACAAAUACUGUGUUUCUAUGCUAACAUAAUGGAAUACUGACUUUUCUCAAGAUGUGUUUCACGAAAUGCAGACAGAGAAUCAUCUGAUCAAGAACUACUUGUUUAUGAGAUAAGCAUUAUCUGAUCAUGAAAUACCUGUUCAUAAGAUAAGCAUUAUCUGAUCAAGAACUACUUGUUCAUGAGAUAAGCAUUAUCUGAUCAUGAAAUACCUGUUCCCGAGAUAAGCAUUAUCUGAUCAUGAAAUACCUGUUCAUGAGAUAAGCAUUAUCUGAUCAUGAAAUACCUGUUCAUAAGAUAAGCAUUAUCUGAUCAUGAAAUACCUGUUAAAAAAUCAUGAUUAUGUACAUGUAUUUUUACAGUAUACAUACAAACCUGCUGGUGGGUCAAACGUUGAGAUUGUUGUUUUACAGAAUAUUUGUAAAUUGUGGUUUUAUUCCUAGUAGUCACACCCGGUACAUACAUUGUAGACCUAUCGUGGCCAAUUUUAGGCUUUCUCUUCUAUGGAAUCAAAGUAUCAAUCAGGUAUCCCUGCCAGCUUGACAUGGCAGUCACAGUUGUUUGUCAUGUAGCCAUCAUGAUCUCCUGGCGUUUCACAAUACAAACACCAACAGAUAUUGUUUAUAUAAGUUUUAUAUACAUUUUUAUUGUGACAUACUAUUAGAUUUGUAUUGUAAAAUGUCAGAUAACCCACCGUGUUGAAAGAGCUAUUUUGAUGCUCUAAAUAUUUUGUAUUGAAACAUUUAAUAAAAGUGUCAUGUUAAUGGUAAAAAGAUGGCGUAUUACAUUCAGGUGUCUACAUUAGAACCAAUUAGUUUUCUAACUAAGUAUUGAUCAUUAUUUAAUAUCCGCCUCAUAUUCUUGUGUCUUUUUGAUAAAUCUCUUUUUAAUUACUACAGUAUGGUUGCCAGUGUUUCCAGAUUUAUCCAGAUUGUUUUCAGACAUUUACUUUCCAAAAUACUUACAGACAGCUUUCAAAUGGAUUAAUAGUACAUGUACUAUUAACAAAAGAUAAAAUCAUGAAGUUGAGUCUAAUAUGGCAGACCUAGUGUUAUACACCACACGUACAACAUAAUUAUAUAAGACAUCUAUGAUAUUACUCAAUAAGGAAAAAUCUCUUGGUUGGAUUCUGGAUUAUUAGCCCACCACCAUUGUCAGAUGUAGGGCUAUUUAAAUCGCCUUUCGUGUGUGGCCCGUCUAUUCUUCAGUCUAUAAGCAACAUUUUAAAUGCUAUUUCUCAGAAAAUACUGAAUGGAUAUUUCUCAAAUUUCAUAUAUGCAAGUUCCCCUUGAUCCCUAGGUGUGCAUAUUCAAUUUUUAGACUGGCAUCCAUUUUGACUUUUGAUAGGUUGAAGUUUGUUACCACUAUUUCUCAAAGUACUUUAUGGCUCUUUCUCAGCUUUCAUAAGUAGGUUGCCCUUGGUCCCUAGUUGUAUGUUUUGAAUUUUGAUCAGAAAACAAAAUGACAAGUGGUCAUUUUGAAUUUCCACACCGAUUUUCUCAAAAGAUUACUUGAUGGAUCUUUCGGCUUUCAUAUGAAAGAUUCUCUUGAUCUCUAUUUGUGCAUGUUUUAUUUGGAGAUUAAUGGGAAAAAAUGACCAUGGAAUGAUAGUGAUUGAAGUUUGUUAUCACUUUUUCUCAGAAAGUUCUUCAUGGAUCUUAAGUUUUGUAAGUUUUUUCAUCUUGGUGUCUAGUUGUGCAUAUUAAAUUUUAAGACUGAUUGGAAAACAACAUGGCUAACAGGUGGCCAUUUGGAUUUUGAUAGUUAAAGUUUGCAGUCACUAUUUUUUCAGAAGCACAAGAAUAUUUCUCAAACUUGAUGUGUAGGUUCGAUCCCCUUGGUCCCAUUGUGCCCAUUUAAUUUGAUUUGGAAAUAAAAUGGCCGACAGUGGUGUCCAUCUUAAUUUGUUUUUGACAGUUGAAAUUUAUCACUUUUUCUUGUUCAUAGAAACUUAUUCUUCAACUCCUCUAAAAUUUCAUUUUUAGGUUACCCUUGUUUUCAAAUAAUUAAAAGGAACAGGGGAAAGAAAGGAAAAAUAGAGAAAGGAUCAGUCUUACAUGUAAUGCUUCAAGUUCAUUCAAUGGUGGGCACCAAGAUUCCUCUGGGAUUUCUUGCAUAUGACUUUAAUCUACUUAACAAAGAACUUAAAGUUGUUAAGAUUGAUUGUUACAGACUUGUUCAGUAAUUAAAAAUAAUGCAUAAUUACGUUAUAUUUUAAAAGCCAUGUUCAUUUAUUUGAUUAUAUAAGUAUCCAUCUUAUUCUGUUACUGUCCUAAUGGCAAGCAUUAUGUAAUUCUGUAAUGUUGUAAAGCUGUCCUUUUGCAGAAUUUAUUUUUACAUGUAAUAAUUAAUAUGUGGUAAGUAAUGAUAAUGGUUGAAGUUUGGUUUACAUACCUCACUCUGACCCUAUAAUGUUCUGUAACUUAAACAUCUGUUGUAAGAAACUGUCUGUUGAGAUAUCAGGAACCAGUGUAUUCUGUUUAGACCGUUCUGGACCUUAGUCUAUUUGUUAUAAAAUAGCCAUGUCAGAAUUAGAAUAAAAAAUUCCUGAUAGACAAGGGUCCUGUUUGGACAGUGUACUGUUUCUAUAAACAAGUGCCAGAGCUAUAUUGUUUCAUUACUCAGAUUUUAAGAGUUUGAAUUGGAGUAUGGUCAGACUUGCCAUAGAGUACCUAUUACUCCUUUGUUGAUAAUCUCCAGAUUCUCACACAUCCAGAAUGGUAGUCUUAAAACCAAUACAUGUACUUCUAUAUUUGUGUACAUCAUUCUAUGGUUUUAUCCUCAUAUAAAAGGUACUUUUACAUAAAUACCAACUUCAGUAUUGUGUUGGUAGUUUUGUUGAUUUUUAAUGAUCAUGAAGUUCCAGUGCUAUCAGAUGUUAUAUUUAUAAAUAUAUAUUGAGGGAAAUAUAGUUUUGUAGUUUUAUUAAUGUGACAGAUUUUAAGACCUUAUAAAUGUUAGUACAUUCUAUAUGGUAGAGCCUAGAAUGUUUAGAUUGAUGUUAUCUAUAUUGGCUUUCAGAAAUGUCAUGUUACUUUUUAAUGUAUUCAUGUUUAAUGAACACUCAUGUUAAAUGAACACAGUUUGCAGCAUUGAAGCUUACUUAUAUAAUUAUGUUGUGGAAUAUGUACUCCAGGCAGAUGUUCUUUAAAUCUUAAUGUCUAGGCAUGACAUCAGUUUUGCCACAACGGCUGCUCAGAUAAAUUACCUACAUGUAUAUCUUUUCCCAAGGUAAUUAGAGUCAAUUGUGUUAAAAACUUCACUAAAAGUUUCCAAAUGAGCAGUCCCUGUUGUUAUCAAAUAUCAGGGUUAUUAUUUUAUAAUGUUGGUGAAGUUUUCACAUUCCCCACUGUAUCUUAACUACAGAUGAAAUCCCUAUGUCAUAUCUGUCUCCCAAUAUGUUGACAUAUUAGUUUUAUAAUGUCUUUCCAAAUGGUUUUAUUUUUUCCAUGUCAUUAAAAAUGUAAUGGCAAUUGUAAAGUCUGUCUUCCUAUGAAUGUACUACGUGUGUGAUGUUGCCUUGUCUUCCUAUAAAUGUACUACGUGUGUGAUGUUGCCUUAUAGAAAUUAAUAUCAGUUUCCUAUGACUGCUUAUUUACAAAGCUUCAAAUGUUUAAUUACGAACAUAUAGAAACAUUUCACAAGGACAUGUGGAAUAAACCAGUCUAAUAACAUUGCAAUUUCCUUUCCUAGUUUGCAUGGAGAUUUUUCUGUAUAAUAUUAAGUAUAAAUAUCCUCUAGCCAUGACACAUCUGUUAGGGUUUGUCCCAGAAAUACUGUUUGUUUUGUUACAAUGGGAUAUUAGAAGUAUUUAUUUUAUUUACACAGGUUGACUUACCCCUAGUAUUGAUUUAUGAAGUUUGAAUAUUUUAUGGACAAUUUUUGAAAUGUCUCUGGAUUAUUAAAAGCAUAAACAGAAAUGCUGUUGCUAAUUCUUUGUUUAAUCUUAAGUAUUACUUGUCUACGAGAUCUGUUUCCUAGGACACUUGUCCACUCUUACCCAUUUCAUCUCGGUUGUUAGUUCCUAAUUUACAGAAAAGAUGUUUUGACAUUCAGAAAAUCUUAAUUAAUAGUUGAAUAUUGUAAUUUUUGUCUAACUUCCUUUAACUAUUUUUAUAUUCUAUCAUUAGUCGGUAUUGUUAUUAACAAUAAAAGUCCUCAAAACACUU